AUGUGGCUUAUAGGCUUGUCAAAAGAUGCCAAACAAGAUGCAGCUGUUAAGCAUGCCCUUGCAGUUCAUGCUUCUGUUUUAUCUGACAAUUACGUUCAAUUUUUCAAACUAUACAAGAAGGCACCCAAUUUGAACUCAUGCCUCAUGGAUCUAUAUGUGGAGCGGAUGCACUUUGAAGCUAUGAAAUGCAUGUCUAGGUCAUAUCGCCCAACUGUACCUGUGGGAUAUGUUGCACAGAUUUUGGGGUUCUUGAGAACAGAUACAGGCUGUGCUAAGAGUAAUAAGAAGAAGACUGAAAGUACUACUAGCUAUACCUGUCUUCAUUCGUUCAAUCUAGUUGCCUUCUAUACAUUUAACGUGCAAGUUUAUUUUUCUUUCUUGUAUAUUUCUGCACAGGCCUCUUCUUCUACACUCUAUAUGCCAGAGCCAGAGAACGUCGUUGCACAUGGUGAUGCAUCACUUGCUGUUGAUGACUUUUUGGCACGGACUGACGGACAACUUAAAAGGGGCAGCAGCGAUGGACCAACAGUGGAUACUCCGUAGUAGUAUUUGGGGCUGCCGUGGCAGUAGUGCUGAGGUGGCUUCUUCCAUAG